AUGGACGACUACAAGCAGUAUCUGGCCCAGAAGAUUCUCACGGAGGACCAAUUGGUCACCUAUCGUCUGCUGAGCCGAGCCCUCAAAGUUCAUGUCAACACUGCCAAAGAAAUGCUCUACGAGUUCCACAAGUCGCAGAAUGACAAGCACCCAGGCACGCUGCAUGCCACCUACCUCGUUUACGGCACGAGGAAGCCAGUCAAAAGGGUGAAAGAGGAAGAUGGCGACGUGGAGAUGAAAGAUUCCCAGCACUCAGACGACGCUCCCGGCCCUUUCCACGACGACGCUCUCGCCUCUUCCCACGGCGACGCUCCCACCCCUUCCCACGGCGACGCUCCCGGCUCUUCCCACGACGACGUACCUACCUAUACGCUCUCUCUCGUCAAGGAGGAGCAGCUUCAAGACGUAUUGGCAGAGUAUAGCAAAGUCACCUCAAUACACGUCUACAGCCUAGCCCCGCAUCCGCUCAAGGAUCUCCAGCUUCUAGCCGACACCGCACGGCAGGUAGUCGGACUGUCGAUAGCAGCAGGCGACGACGGUCUAGCUGCGAGCAAGACCUUCGGCACGAUUGCGAACCCCAACGUGCGACGAAGGGAGCGCCGCGGGCCCGUGCCGAAACCCGCCGCUGCUGCUGCUAGUAAACCUCCACCCAAGGUCGAACCGAAGGCUCAGGAUAAGCAGGAGGCCAAGCCCGCAGUGGUAAAAGAAGAGCCCAACGCAACCGCUACCAAGGAUUCCGCACCAGCAGCGCCGGCCAAGAAACCCGUCGCGGCGCCGAAGCGGCAAGCGUCCUCGGGCAUCGGGCAGAUGUUCGCUCGGGCCGCGGCCAAGCCCAAGAAGCCGGCGGCCAAGGCGGCGGCCAAAGCGGAAGCCGAGGACGACCAGAAGCCGGCGCUGUCGGACGACGGCGAAGACGACGGCGCGGAGCCGGCGCCGGACGCGGGCCGCGAGCAGAGCAGCAGCGCGCGGCAGUCGCGGAAGGACCGGCAGGCGGAGCUGCGGCGGAUGAUGGAGGAGAGCGACGAGGACGACGAAGCGGCGGAGAAGGCGGACAGCCCGGCCGACGAGCCGAUGGAGGAGGAGGAGGAGGAGGAGGAGGAGGAGGAGGAGGAGGAAGCGCCAGAGGAGCCGGAAGCGAAAGGGAAAGCGAAAGCGGAAGCGGAAGCGGAAGAAGAGCCGGCGGAAGUGGUGUCGAGCAAGGGGGACGGCCGGCGGCGCGGCCGCCGCCGCGUGACGCGCAAGAAGCAGAUCAUGGACGACCAGGGCUACCUGGUCACGAUCCAGGAGCAGGCCUGGGAGUCGUUCUCCGAGGACGAGGCCGCGCCGCCACCGCCUAAGGCGGCUAAGCCCAAGCCGCCGCCCCCGCCCAAGGCGGAGCCCGCAGCGAAGCCGAAGAAGGCCGCCGCCGCGGCGAAGCCCGCCCAGGGCAACAUCAUGUCUUUCUUCUCGAAGAAGUGA